UACAACUUGCCUCUUCUUCCUCCUCCUUUGGCAGUUGGCACCAAUUCAUUGUCAGUCUCUGCCCUCAUAUCUUCGUCUCAAGGUUUCUGUGAAGAUCUAAAGUCUCUAUUCUUAUGAGGCCGAUACGUCUUCCAGAGCCGCCCAGCCCCAAAAUUGGGACGCCGGAAAUCUUCGAAGGCGGUAUCUCCGGCGUCAUUCGCCGCGCCGUCGUUAUCGGCAACGGCUUCCCUGGUUCCGAGAAUCAGAGCAUCGGCUUGGUGCGCGCUCUCGGCCUCGCUGAUAAGCACGUCUUGUAUCGAGUUACAAGGCCAAAAGGAGGGUUAAAUGAGUGGCUUCACUGGCUUCCAGUUUCUGUUCACAAGAAGUUGGAUUGCAUCAUAAGAAAGAUGUGUAUUAUAUUAAUAUAUCGGGGGAAGAAAGUUGGGUCCCUACCUACAGAAAAUGGUGGCGGUGUUGGUUUGAAAUGUAUUCUAGAAGCUGAUGUCCAGGAGAUUGUAACCAUGGCUCGUCGGACAUUUGAAAAGGAUGGACCCAUACUGGUGGUAGCUUGUGGCAGGGAUACCAUUUCCAUUGCAAGUUCUAUCAGACGACUAGCCUCUGAAAACGUCUUUGUUGUUCAGAUACAACAUCCAAGGUUGCAUCUCAAUAGAUUUGACUUGGUUAUUACCCCUAAACACGAUUACUAUCCUUUGACUCCUGAAGCACAGAAGCAGGUUCCUCAAUUUCUACGUGGGUGGAUAACUCCCCGUGAACCUCCUGACAGGCAUGUGGUCCUCACUGUUGGAGCUUUGCACCAAAUUGAUGCUACAUCCCUUCGUAAUGCUGCCAGCGCAUGGGGUGAUGCAUUUGCAGCUCUACCAAAGCCCUUACUUGUGGUAAACGUUGGUGGUCCUACAAGAAACUGUCGUUAUGGUGUGGACCUUGCAAAGCAAUUGGCAACCUACCUGCUUAGUGUUACUGUAAGCUGUGGAAGCAUCAGAAUAUGUUUCUCUAGUAGAACACCAGAAAAGGUAUCCAAUAUUAUAACAAAGGAGCUCGGAGGUAAUCCAAAAGUUUACAUCUGGGAUGGUCAAGAGCCAAACCCACACAUGGGCCAUCUAGCGUGGGCCGAUGCUUUUGUUGUCACUUCAGAUUCUGUUAGCAUGAUAAGUGAGGUUUGCAGCACCGGGAAGCCUGUCUAUCUAAUGGGAUCUGAGCGUUGUAAAUGGAAGCUUUGCGAUUUUCAUAAAUCACUCAAGGAGCGAGGAAUGGUUCGACCAUUUACAGGCUUGGAGAAUAUAUCAGAGAGCUGGAGUUAUCCACCGCUGAAUGAAACUGCAAAAGCAGCCAAUCGAGUGCAUGAAGCCCUUGCUGAGCGGGGAUGGAGAUUGCGGGUGUAGGCUGUUGAUAAUUCUUUCUUUGUAAACAAUUUUCCAUCUUUUGAACACCAUGAAACAAAACAAGAAAAAGCUUUCAUCAAAAGGUAUUAGGGGUUUUCUGAUAUCAUGUAUAGAAAUGACAGCUAAAGGGUAUGAUAGGUUAUACAUUUGAUGCUUCUCCUUUAGGGGUCUUGAGAUAUGUAGAGCAUGCGGCUUGUAAAAUAGGAAAGAGGUUGAGCUCUUCUUUUGGCCGAGGGUGGGUUUGUUUUUGUGAAAAUAAUUCUUUUGUUGCAAAGGGAAGGAAUGAAACUGAAAGAAGCAUGGAUAACUUAUCUUGA